AUGGCCAACAUCAACUGGCGGACGAUCAACAUUGAUGCCCUGGAUCCGGACAGCCCUGCCAACUUCGACCUGAGCUCCCUCACACCGGCCGUUGAGCCCAUAGCGACCGCCGACGUCCAGAACACCUCGCAACAAAUACGGCAGCUGCUGAGGGGAGGAGACAAUGAGGGUGCUCUGCAGGGCGCAUUGGAGUCUGCACCUUAUGGCGCCGACGACAAGGGCAAGGAAAUCUACCUCGCCAUCGUCCUCGAAGUUCUCCAAUCCAUUCGACAAGCCGAGAUUGCUCAGUUGCUGAGCCGCAUAUACAGUGCACCUGGUGGGACAGAAGCAUUGGACGUGCUGAUGAAGUACAUUUACAAGGGCAUGGCACAGGCCGCUCCAGCUAGCAGUGCGCGUAACAUUACCCCACAAGCAACCGGCUUUUCCCAGGUACACUCAAGAGGCGGAGGGGAGGGAGGUGGCCAGGCUAUGAGCGUUCUGCUGAGCUGGCAUGAGAAGCUUGUGGAGGUAGCAGGUCCCGGGAGCAUCGUCAGGGUCAUGACGGAUCGCCGCACAGUCUGA